GUAACUAUUUCCAGCUAGAGCGUGACAAGAUUCACACCUUCUGGGACAUCACCCGCCAGAAGCUGGAGGAGAAGAAAGCGGAGCUGCGGAACAGGGACCGGGAGAUGGAACAGGCGGAGGAGCGGCAUCAAGUGGAGAUCAAGGUUUACAAGCAGAAGGUGAAGCACUUGUUGUACGAACACCAAGAAAACCUCACCGAGCUGAAGGCGGAGGGCACCCUGUCCAUCAAGCGGGCCCAGAAGGAUCACUGGGCCCAGGAGAUGGAGCUGCGUAAAGACAUGCGCUCCUUGAAAGUGGAGCUGAAGGAGCAGGAGCUGGCCAACGAGGUGGUGGUGAAAAACAUGCGCCUGAAACAAGAGGAGGAGAUCACCCGGCUGUGCGACAACUUUGAGAGACAAGUGAAAGAGAUCGAGGCCAAGUAUGCCAAGAAGAUGCAAGUGCUGCGAGAUGAGCUGGACUUGCGGAGGAAGACUGAGAUCCACGAGGUGGAGGAGAGGAAGAACAGCCAGAUCAGCGAGCUGAUGAGGAGCCACGAGAAGGCCUUCAGUGACAUCAAGAACUACUACAACGAUAUCACCCUCAAAAACCUGGCGCUCAUCAGCUUGCUGAAGGAGCAGAUGGAAGAGAUGAAGAAGAAAGAGACUCAGUUGGAGAAGGAGAAGGCGGAUGUGCUGCUCCAGAACAAGCAGCUGAAGGAGCCCCUGCAGCAGGCCCAGGAGCAGGUGUCUGAGCUGCAGAAGAAGCUGGCUCACUACGACAAGGACAAGGAAGCCCUGACAAACACAAAAGCCUGGCUGAAAGUCACCCAGAAGGAACUGAAGGAUCUUCAGUGGGAACACGAAGUGCUGGAGCAGAGGUUUGGUAAGGUGAGAGCUGCCG